AUGUUUGCACUUGCGUUUAUUGUGUUAUUGGAAACUGUGAGUGUGCAUUCACAAACAUGCGAAGGACUUGAUAAUGGGUUCUAUUGUAUCGACGACACAUCGUACCUCUGGUGUUAUGGACAAAAACAAGGCCAGAAAUCAAAGUGCCAGGGAACCACAGUCUGUAAGUGUGGCCGGACUGCAUAUAACCCAUGCGUGUGGUCGUGGACAGAUCUCCCAGACUGCUCAUUGAAACCUGGAGAUUACUUCGAGAGCUCAGAAACCCCAGACUUGCCUGACGAAAGUUCGUCGGCAGCGCCACCAAAACCAGAGUCUUCAGAAGAGCCAACACCAGAAAGUUCAUCAAAACCACCUGAACCACCAGAAGAAAGCUCGAGCGAACCACAAAAACCAGAAUCUUCAGAAGAGCCAAAACCCGAGGAGUCAUCAGAGAAACCACAAAGUUCCUCGGAACAAGAAGAAAGCUCGGAAGAAAACAUUGAGAAGAAAAUGGUGUCUUACUUUACAAAUUGGGCGCAAUAUAGAUGGGCGUCAAUUGAUGGAUGGGCGUGCAAGUUCACACCAGAAAAUGUCGACCCGACGAUCGUUGACGUGAUCAACUAUGCGUUUGUCGUGUUCGAUUCGUCGUAUACAGUAAAGGAAUACGAGUGGAACGACGACCAAAACAUUCCCAAAAUCGUUGCGUUGAAAUCUCGAAACCCAAACCUACAAGUAUUGGCGUCGAUUGGAGGGUGGAACUUCAACUUUUUCGAAUCGACAAAACACCUUUUCAGUGAGAUGGCCGAGAAACAAACAUCACGGGCUACAUUUAUCAAAAGCGCGAUGGACUUUGCACGAAAGUACAACUUGGACGGAAUUGACAUCGACUGGGAGUAUCCAGCCAAUGAAGACCAAGGAGGACGUCCUGUAGAUACACAAAGUUUCACUUUGUUACUCAAAGAGUUCAGAGAGGCCAUCAAUGCCGAAAAGCUGACUGGAAAUCGAAAGAGGCUUUUGCUUACAAUCGCAGCACCAGCUGGUCCAAAGAACAUCGUGAAUUUGGAGGUGUCUAAGUUCCACCCAUACCUCGACUGGAUAAAUUUGAUGACGUACGAUUUACAUGGCGCCUGGGACGAAGUCACUGGGUCGCACACAGCACUUUACGCAGACGACACUCUGAGUGUCCACGACUGCGUCCAAGCGUAUUUGACCGAAGGAGUCCCCCCUCACAAGUUGAUCGUUGGCAUGGCUCAUUAUGGAAGAGGGUGGACACUGACCUUCGCAAAUGACCAUUUGAUGGGAUCACCCACAAGUGGUGCGAGUCGGUCAGGACAGUGCACAGGAGAGAAUGGAUAUCUGGCAAAGUACGAGAUAGAUGCGGCAAUUCCAUCGAGCAACGUGCAGUACGACCCUGAAUCGAUGACGAUGUAUGGAUAUUCUGGCGAUCAGUUCUUCUCGUUUGAUGAUCAGACGACAUUCAAAUAUAAAACAGACUACGUCUGCAAACACAAGCUUGGCGGUGCAAUGAUAUGGAGUCUUGACUUGGACAAGAAUUACGUUAACACUAAGUUCAUCAAAAAACAAAUCGACAAAUGUUAA